AUUUUUCCAGAUGAAAACAGGCAAUGAGAAUAAUCAAGACCAAGAUUUAGACAUCUAUGGCAUUUCACGAUCCUAUUCUUAAACAAAGUUGCAGAAUCAAAGGAACAAUUCCAAAGAGAAGACUUAAAAAAAUGAGACUGUAUUUUGUUCUGUAAUCUCUAGAUGGAUAAAAUAUAAUUAAUGAAAGAAAAAGAAGAUCUGCAAGGGUCGGUAUAAUUGAAUGAUUUAAAUAUGUUGGGACUCUAAGAUUAUUAUUUGGGAUCUAAUGAUAAUCGUUCGGAAACCAAACCUAAACCAAACUAAGAUAACUCUGAAAGUCCUCGCUUUGAUUUUGAAUAAAAUGAAUAUUUUAACAAUACAUUAGAUCAACUAGGCUUUAAGUUAAAUGAAGUGAUUGGCCACUACCUAAAUGAACUCACUCCUCAACCCAGAUUGUCACUAGAUUCGAUUUCCCUGUAAAAUAGUGAAAAUUUAGAUGAAGAACAAUAACAAUAAAUUCUAGAUUUUGAAUUAAAUGCACUCAGAUAACGGAUUUACAAAGUAAGACUUGUGACUAUAUUUCAAAGCAAAUUGUGGAUAAAAUAAAUCUCUCUGUUAUUUAAUCUGUAAAAUCAUUUGGUUCAUCUUGCUAAUUGAAUUCACAAUCAAAUAUCAUUACAACAGCCUUUUCUAAGGAACUCAUAACUAGUAAUACUCCCAUUUCCUAAAUAUCAUAAAAAUCCCCUCCGAAAUCCUUGUCGAUAUCAUUUUUGGAUAUCCAAUCGCAAUUGCAUUAAAGUAUUCAUUCUAUUCAAUCUAAAACAAACAAAAAAAAUGAAGAUCAACCAAACACACCUACUGAAAGUGAAACCUCCAAAGAUGAAUUGUACAACAAACUUAAAAUUUCAUUAAACUUAAAUUAUUAACAACAGCAAUUUAAUCAUUAACUAAAAGAAGAAUUGUCCAAAUUUGAAGUAUUUAUUUUUAAAGUUAUUUUUAAAGAAAAAGAAUUAAAUUUCAGAACACUCUGAGGAUGCAAAUCAUAAUAAUAUACUGACUGAAAAUUAAAGAUUAAAAGAAGAAAAUGCAAAAAUGAUUGAAUUCAUUUAGAACACAAUUUGUGAUAAAUGCAAAAUAAUACCUAAGAAUUUUUGA